AUGCAGGUUCAAAGGGGAAAGAAAGUGAGGGUGAAAAGAAGCAAGAGUUGUUUAGCAUUAGGAGGCGAUGAAGAGGAGGAAAACGAUGGAACAGCAGCAGCGAAUAGACAGAGCUCAAGCACCGGAAGUUUAGAGGAUGAUUGCAGCUCUAAGGGGACUAGUACUACUACUACUACUACAACGACAACAACAACAACGGCAAAUGCUCUCAAUUCUAGUGGUAAAACAAGAGCCAGCCGAGGGUCUGCUACGGAUCCUCAGAGUCUCUAUGCAAGGUUGCCUAGCAUCAAGUAAAAUUGCAUGGUUUUAUUCAAAAGGAGAGAAAGGAUUAAUGAAAGACUAAAGAUCUUGCAGAGCCUUGUGCCUAAUGGAACAAAGGUCGAUAUCAGCACCAUGCUUGAGGAAGCUGUACUGUAUGUCAAGUUUUUGCAGCUUCAAAUCAAGCUACUGAGCUCUGAUGACUUAUGGAUGUAUGCUCCAAUUGCCUAUAAUGGAAUGAACAUUGGGCUUGACUUCCAUAUUAACAUUCCUAGAUGAUCGAGUAAAGAUCAACGCCAGGAUGUCGACUUGCACUUCUUUCGCUGACAAACAAAUUCUAAUGUAAUUAACAACAUACCCCUAUACAAUUUUUCUCCCAAUAAAUUGUUAGGACAUACCGACAUAACAUAUAGCUGGGUUCCGUAUUAUUUUGUACCUCUUUGUUUAAUUGAUUUUUUUGUUACUAAAGCAAAUGGUAAUUAUCUGGACAAAGGUCCCCCACUCGGCCACUCCCCCCGAUCAAUGACAGAUUAUUCUAUUUUGUCAUACUCAUACAUGAUGGAAUUAGGACAAUCAUGGCCAAAUAAGUUUAGGGUCUCUUCGUUAUCGUAUUUUGUUUCAAGUUUUUAGUUUUCUUAAGCACUACGAACAAAAAUAAAGAAACCAGAACAUACAUUUUCUAAUUUUCAGCUGUUUUUUUUUUUUUGUAAUUAAUCACCUCAUUUCAUUUCAUUAAUUGUGGGAAGCAAAGAGUAUCAAAACCUCACGACCUAUACCCAGGUAAACCUUCGCUUGCGAAGGGCACUUUCAUAGUGUCGAGGACACUCCCAGGUAGGGGUAUUAACGAGCCGAACCGAGACCGAACAGGACCAGGCUCGAAUCGGCUCGAGAAUGUGAGGGUUCGAGCUCAGCUCGAGCUCGAAAAUCUGGGCUCUGCUCCAGUUUGAAAAAAAAAUUCGGCUCGGCUCGAAAGAGUUCGCGAACUAUUCGGCUCGAAAAAGCUCGAAAAUAUUUCUAGUACAUUACCGCACACUUGCUUCCAAUAUCGAAUUUCUAGUUUUUUCCAACGAACGAAAUGCAUACUUCAAAGUUCAAACUUUCAAGAAAAAAAAAGUUGAUAACAAGUUUAACAAAGUUCACAUCAAAAACAAAGUUUACAAGUCACAACAACUUUGACAAAGUUUUACACA